CUGACAGUCACGUGACAAAUCUGGCGGGAAAGAAGUCAUUGUGUGUACUGUAAACACGUUGCUUACGUUUCGCCAUGGAUGUUGCCGAACAAGCUGUCAGGACUAACCAAGUGAAAGAUCAGGUUGGCGAAAGAUGUCAGAAACUAUUUCAGGACUUUUUGGAAGAAUUUUCUGUAGAUGGCGAACAAAAAUACUUGUCAGAAGUUCAAGAAUUGAUCAGACCAGAAAGAAACACACUUACAGUAAGCUUUGAAGAUGUGGAAAAGUUCAACCAGCAGCUGUCUACUACCAUUCUAGAGGAGUACUACAGAGUAUAUCCAUUUCUCUGUCGUGCUGUCCGUAAUUAUGCGAAAGAUUGGGGUCAGAUACCACCUGCAAAGGAGUUUUAUGUCAGCUUCACAGAUGUUCCCACUAGACUCAAGGUCAGAGAGAUGACUACGGCUAAAGUUGGGACAUUGCUUAGAAUCAUUGGUCAGGUUGUGCGGACACAUCCCGUCCAUCCAGAGCUGGUCAGUGGUACAUUCAUGUGUCUAGAUUGUAGAACUGUCAUCAAAGAUGUGGAGCAACAGUUCAAAUACACACAGCCAACCAUUUGCAGGAAUCCUGUGUGCAACAAUAGGGCACGGUUCAUGUUAGAUGUAAACAAAUCAAAAUUUGUGGAUUUCCAAAAAGUGCGGAUACAAGAAACACAGGCAGAACUCCCUAGAGGAAGCAUUCCUAGAAGUGUUGAGGUUAUACUUCGAGCCGAGGCUGUGGAAACAGCACAAGCAGGAGACAAAUGUGACUUCACAGGUACCCUGAUUGUGGUCCCAGAUGUGGGGACCAUCUCAACACCAGGAGCUCAUUCUGAGACAUCAUCCAGGGUGCGUGGAAAUGAAGGUUAUGAGACAGAAGGUGUGCGAGGGCUGAAGGCGCUUGGAGUACGGGACCUUACCUACAGACUGGCUUUCCUGGCGUGUACCGUGUCCUCUAGUAACCCAAGGUUUGGUGGCCGAGAUAUGAAAGAUGAGGAGAUGACAGCCGAGACUAUUAAAAAACAGAUGACAGAUGAUGAAUGGCAGAAAGUAUAUGACAUGAGCAUGGAUAAAAAUCUUUACCACAAUAUGUGUUCCAGUCUGUUCCCUACGAUACAUGGUAGCGAAGAAAUCAAGAGAGGCGUGCUUCUCAUGUUGUUCGGUGGGGUUCCGAAGGUUACAACAGAAAAAACCAAUCUCCGUGGUGAUAUCAACAUAUGCAUAGUUGGCGACCCUAGUACAGCCAAAAGUCAGUUCCUAAAACAGGUAGAAGAGUUCAGCCCCAGGGCAGUAUACACCAGUGGCAAGGCCAGUACUGCAGCUGGUCUGACUGCUGCUGUGGUUAAAGAUGAGGAAUCCCACGAGUUUGUCAUAGAGGCAGGUGCCCUUAUGUUGGCUGACAACGGUGUCUGCUGUAUAGAUGAGUUUGACAAGAUGGACCCCAAGGACCAGGUAGCUAUUCACGAGGCGAUGGAACAGCAGACGAUCUCCAUCACCAAGGCUGGCGUCAGGGCCACAUUGAAUGCCAGAACAUCAAUAUUGGCUGCUGCUAAUCCGAUUGGUGGACGAUACGAUAGGACAAAAUCGCUCAAACAGAACAUCACCCUGACUGCUCCUAUCAUGUCACGUUUUGACCUGUUCUUCAUCUUGGUUGAUGAGUGUAAUGAGGUGACGGACUAUGCCAUUGCUCGUCGUAUUGUGGAUCUACACAGUCGCCAGGAGGAGUCCGUCGAGAGGAUCUACUCGGUCGAGGACAUUACUAGAUAUCUCAUGUUUGCCCGCCAGUUCAAACCCAAGAUUAACAAGGAGGCACAAGAGUAUAUGAUUGAGGAGUACAAACACCUUCGACAAAGGGACGGCACAGGGGCAGCAAAGUCGGCUUGGAGGAUCACAGUCCGUCAGCUUGAAAGUAUGAUACGUUUGUCUGAAGGAAUGGCUCGGCUGCACUGUCAGGACGAAGUGCAGCCGAAGCAUGUGAAGGAAGCGUUCCGCCUGCUGAACAAGUCAAUCAUCCGUGUGGAGCAGCCCGACAUUCACUUGGAGGAGGAGGAUCAGCAGCAGGAACAAGAAGAGAUGGACAUUGACGAUGCUACACCAGCAGAGCCACAGCCUACACAAGAGGGAGAUGCUGCUUCAGCUACCCAGCCAAAGAAGGGACUGAAGCUAUCUUACGAUGAGUACAAACAGAUGGCCAAUUUGAUGGUGCUUUACAUGAGGCGACAGGAGGAAGAAACACAAGAAGAUGACUCCAGUAAUAUGAGGCGCAGUGACCUUGUCAGUUGGUAUCUCCGGGAGAUGGAGAGUGAGAUAGAUUCUGAGGCUGAGUUAUUGGAAAAGAAGACAAUUGUAGAAAAAGUUCUGGAUAGACUUGUUCAACACGAUCACGUUCUGAUAGAACUAAACCAGACUGGUUUGAAAGGAGAAGGGUUAGUCCGGGAGGAUGAUCCAUUCAUUGUUGUCCAUCCAAACUACCUGGUGGACUGAAGAGGGCAGAAAAAUAAGACAGAUGACAAGAUUUGUGAAAAGCCCCCAAGGCUUUGUCCAAUUGUGCUGAUUUAUUGACGUGGCAAACCCGAUUGAGUAAAUGCUCAGCCGAAUAAUGUCUCUAUGUCGGCAGGCAGUAGUUCUGAAAUGAAUUUUCUAAUGACACUACUUUUGAUAUCAUGGAAUGGAUUAUAUGUUACGACCUGCGGGUACAGUUUCACAAAAGAGUUCCAAUAAGGGAGACAAAUAGACAUAUGGUUUACGUUAGUCAGUGCUAUGCGAUAUUAAUGUAUAUAUUUAAGGAAUGAUUUUUAUUUUUUCAACAUUUAUGAGGUCAUAACAACAAUGGGUUUAUGGACAUAUUGAAUGAAUCGCGUUAG